AUGAGUACCCCUGAGGGAUUGAACCCACAGGACAGGGCACACACGUUACGGCAAGGUAACCCACCUAACCGUGCCCAGUCUACAACACUACGUCCAAAGAACAAAUCUUUGCACAUCUUUACUGCUCCCAACUUUGACAAGAAUAUGAUUGUGGAUCUUGCAUCCGCUGCAUGGGCUAGUACCAUCCAUCCAAUAAGUGUCUUGUUUAAUCUCGGAAAACUCGUUCCCACAAGGGACGUGGAUGAUGUUCUCUCUGACCGUGUAGGCCGGAUGACCUCUCUCACUCUCCGUUAUACUCGCUCAAAAGACCUUCUGGCAGAAGCCUUCUUUACUGACCCUUCCUCCCGCACCAAAGCAACGUCCGAUGGGUUGACCUAUCAGAACACCCGAAUCAUUGCUAUACCAAGAUUGCCUUCUAACAGCCACAUUGUUAAGGUUAAUCUUUACCGUAUUAACGCCUGCGAUCCUAGCACAGAUCUACUUGAGCCCAUCGAAAAUGCAUUCCGGCCUUUUGGCAAAAUCGUUCAGCUGAGAGCUUAUCUCUCACACCGUGGUACUUUCCGUGGUGAAGCCACUAUCUAUUUAGACACCUCUGGACAAGAUGAAGUCCGCAGUCUCCCAAGCCAUCUCCACCUUGGUGGGUCUCUUUCCUGCCUUGCUGAGCUCUGCUCCACCGAUAUCACACCUGUGUGUGGAUACUGCCGAGAGGAAGGGCAUUAUCUACACUCCUGCACAAAACGUCCUCCCCGCGCACCUCGCUGCCAACGAUGCGGUGUUCUUGGUCACGCCAUAGACAGUCGCAAGUGCCCCACUCAUCCAGACAAUAUUGAAGCCGAGCGGGCUAUCCAAGAGCAGCAGCAGAUUGCACUUGCCGAUACUGCGUCCCUUCGCGCACACCAAUACUCGGUCGCUAUGAUAGAGACACCCAUACCACCAGUCACUUCAUCAACCUUGACUCCUACCCAUGCUUCACCCAUUCUCAACCCACCUGCUACAUACACAAUACGUUGCCGUUCCAUAUCAGUGAUGAAUACUCGCGCCAUGACAACCAGAAACCGGACCCCACACAACGGCAAUCCCCCAAUUUCAUUUGAUACAACUAUGUAUGACCCGACUGGCCGUGGGCUCAAUGCCAGCAAGCACUCACCAGGCGCCCGAGGCCUACAUAGUCGCGAUGAUGGCAUUAACCCAGCAAUUUACACUGAUGACGAACUUCGACAGUCUCUUUUUGAGGCCACUCUCCAGACUCGCGCCCAAGGUGCAUUCCCGUAUACUGAUCUGGAUGGUAACACACCUAUGACUGAUGGAACUGAAAAGUCUGACCGCUCAGGAACCUUGAAUGUUCGAGGUCUCCUCUCUACCAUCAAUAACCCGCAAUCCCCAAAACUUCUUUUCAUCCGACACCUUCAUACCCUUUCCCCUUCCCUUUCAUUACUUGCUCUCCGAGAGACUCAUUUACUCCCUAUACAUCACUCAUCUAUUCACCUUACAUUCCAAGCACAGGCCAGCCUAUGGACCCCACAUUGCGGCCUCGUCUCUUUCGAUCCCCUCCUCCAAUUAUCUCAACUGCAUGUUUCUCCUGACAACCGUGCACUCGUUGUCAAGGUUACACAUACUGACCAUCGUGUUAAUCCUUUUGUAGUUGUGGUUAUUUAUGCACCCAACAUUCCUUCCCACCGGCAUACUUUCUUCUCCUCAUUAGCACGCACUCUCCCUACUGUCAUUCCUUCCCUGCCCACCUUUAUUCUGGGGGACUUUAACUGUGAUCUUAGCCAUCGUCGCAGCCAUCCACCAGACUGGAAAGGAUACAUUCAGGGUAAUUGCGUAGAUGCCAUCACUAAUUCUUCUUCACCCCCGUUACCCACUUUCCACAGCUCUCGCACCCACACACGCAUCGACUACAUUUUCCGUCCACACAGCAUUGUUACCAAACGCCCUGAGCUUAGGAACCAUUGCACACUACUUUCUCAAAGAUGCUUGUCCGUUCGUGGUAAAAGUAUUGUGGCAAACUCACUUCUUCUCAGCUCAGUAUGGCAUAUGCUAUACGUGACUCCUGCACCGCUAUCUUUCUUUGCUGCCAUUCACACUCAUAUUCGCUCAUUCCUGCGACUAGGUUUCGGUAGCCCUGGCUGGCCGCUUCUCUGUCUGCCACACAAAUCAGGCGGUUUGGGCCUGAUUGAUCCUGAUCAUCAACAACGAGCUCUUCAAUUGCGCUGGAUUCUCCCUAUCUUGCAUUCUCACUCUUUUUCUUCUACUUCCUUUAUACUGCCAUACCUCGAAUUUAUACUUCCUCUAAACUUUCGUGCUCCUUCUGCCAGUAUUGCACUUUUGUUUCCCUGUAGUAGUGCAACUUGCCCGACUUCACUUCUUCCACUGCAUCGCGCUUGUACCUCACUUCUUCCAGCUUCUCUCCCAUCCAACUUGCAAUUGCCACCAACUGUGGUCCAACACUUCCCAUUAACUUCAAUAUGGAUGAACGUGCCACCCUUUGUUGACUCUUCUCUGAACCUGAAAACAAUUCUGGUUUCUGAUGCAUUUUCUCUGGAGACUGAUGACCGUCUUGUCCGCAAGGUUCGUGGUACGUUUUCUUGGGCACGUAAUCGUAUCGGUCAUUUCUUCCAACAGAUUGAUUCUGGCAGGAUGGUCCUCUGUCCUUGGUUUAUCUCUUGCCUUGAACAUCGACCUUCUACUGACACCCCUUCCCCCAAUCUUUCCUCACUUCUUUCUUUGUCUGGUGGAAAAUGCUUUGGGAUAGAAUGCCAACCCGAAAACGUCUCAAUCUAUUUAUAUCUCGACGCUUCCCCAGCUCAUCUUGCAUCUUUUGUCAAGAUGCUACUGAAGAUCAGUAUCACUUUUUCUUUGGCUGUUCUAUCAAACGGCAGGUGUGGAAUGUCAUUCUCUCUCGCUUUUGCCCGGCCUAGAACCUUGCUGAAAUCUGCCUUCUCCUUACCAGAGGCAGCUUCCCACCACGUUCCUCCCAUCAAGGCCUUUGGAUUAUCCUUUCUGCUGUCACUGCUAAAGCGAUUUGGAGUGCUCAUUGGAAAUUUGUUUUUGAUGACCAACCCUUUCUGUCAGGCGUUAUGGCACAAAAAGCGUCCACUGUAA